AUCCGUCCGGUGUGCAUCAAGGAGAGGGCAUUAGCCCUGGGAUCCGAAAAGUCAACCUCUUGUACACUCUUGCCUGUCUAUGGACGUCUUGAAUAUCGCACACCGUUUUCCAACAACGCUGUCCGAGGCGCCCUCAGCCUAGCUAAAAAGCCGCAUGAAGCAUUUCGAUUGCUGGCGCGGGGCGAGACUCAGUACUUCGACGUGCCCAUGGAGAAGCGUGGCAAAGGAAUCAUAGUGCGAAUGGAAGGCAACAACGAGCGACUAGUGAACUCUGCUUCCAUGAUAGCCAUCAACAAAGACUGCACCCAAACGUGUGUCAUUCUCCGGGUUUACGACCGUGGUGGCAUGGAGUUCUUCGUCGACCGCAUCAAUGAGCUCAAAUCGUGCGUCUGGCACCCGUGUGUCAUGGCCACGCUGCAGAUCGAGCGGCGCCUCACCAAGAUCAAGGAACAGUUGCAGGACCACAAGCACCACCUAGAGGCAAUGGAGCGGACCGCCGGCUUGUAUAAAGCACACCGGCUCGAUCCGGAGUAUAGAAGAGGACAGGGAAUGAUGCAGCCUUGGAACUCGAAGUACUUCGAGACGCUUGGAAGCGAGCUGACGAGCGUGAAAAGUGACGUGCUGUAUCAGCAGUACAAGUGCAGUCGCUUCCUAGACAUGCUGGGCUUCCUGGAUCACGUGGCAGCCCAGCUCGAUGACUGCCCCGAGUUCCGCAUGAAGUCGAGGUUCAUGAGAAGCACGAUCAGUGGAUACGAAGAGCGCUCCAGAUACCUCUCCGCUCGAGCGGAGGCCACGAUGCAAACGUACUUCUCCCUCAUGUCGCAAAGGGACAACCAACUCAAUCUCGAGCUCGCCAAUCUAUCUCGCGACGACAACAAGCGGAUGCAGGAAAUGGCAGCCGCGUCGUAUCGUCAUAGUAGCGACAUGCGCGCAAUCACCCUCAUCACGCUCUUCUUCCUUCCCGCCACCUUCGUCGCCACCUUCUUCUCCACCACAUUCUUCGACUUCAACAAGGACCAGCGGAUUGCGUCCACAUAUAUCUGGAUAUACUGGGUUGUCACGGUAGUACUUACCGCUGCGGUUCUUGGCGGGUGGGUGUACCAUUCGGAUGGUUUUCGUAAGAAGGCGCCUAAAGAGGAGGACGACCAGGAGGGCAUAAUGUCGGGGAGGGAGGAUGCAGAGCCGUCACCCCAGGGCAAGUAAGCGCGAGUGGUACCUUCACCUCUCAUCGUCGCUGCGCUCAUACGCCAAUCGCCUCAACGUCAGUAUCUCUUCCUCAACAACACAGCGUCGCUGUGAUAGCCAAUGAAAAGAAGGCGCACCAGCAUGUGGAC